AGAAUGUCUCCCAGCUGAAAAUCUUGCUCCCAUCAAAAGAUACAGUCUGGACUGUCUUUCAGAUUGACAACAAUGAUUCCUGGAGGUGCGGUCAGAAACCAACUCCCCAGGACAGACCCAACCCCAGGCCAGAUUAAACAAUACCAAUAAAACUGGAAAAAAAAAAGUGAGAUUGCAAUUCGUAUUUCCUGGCUGACAGAGAUGGACUUGGAAUAUGCCUGUCCUGUCUUGAAGAAAUGCAGGAUCUCAUCCAACAUUGGAGGAAAAUGAAUAAGAGAGCAUAGAAACCACCCACCCCAUGGACCCAAACCCACACUCCCAUGAGUCUGAUUCCUCCAGAGAGACAAGUGUUCACUGUCUUGGACCUGAAAGAUGCGUUCUUCAGCUGCCCAUUGGCAGGGGGGAGGAUCCUGAGGAAGAAUGGCCAGCACUGGUUCUCAAGACAUGGCCUGUGGCGCAGUGACAUUUGGGGAUGUGGCUGUUGACUUCUCUGAGGAGGAAUGGGCCUGCCUGGAUUCUGCUCAGAGGGCCUUCUACAGGGACCUGAUGUUGGAGACCUACAGCAACCUGGUCACAGUGGUGGGAAGCUCCAUUUCCAAACCUGAUCUGAUCACCUUAUUAGAGCAAGAGAGAGAGCCCUGGAUGGUGGUGAAGGAAGAAACAGACAGGCCCAGCCCAGUGGGAAGCUCCAUUUCCAAACCUGAUCUGAUCACCUUAUUAGAGGAGGAGAGAGAGCCCUGGAUGGUGGUGAAGGAAGAAACAGACAGGCCCAGCCCAGUGGGAAGCUCCAUUUCCAAACCUGAUCUGAUCACCUCAUUAGAGCAGGAGAGAGAGCCCUGGAUGGUGGUGAAGGAAGAAACAGACAGACCCAGCCCAGAUUUGGAGUCAUGUUAUGAAGCUGAAAAUACAUCUCAAGAAAAUCAUAUUUAUAAUAGAAAUUUAUUCAAACAAGGCAUAAAGAAAUUAAGCAAAACAUUUGGCCUCAAGGCAUCUAGUUUUAAUAAUGGCCCCAACUAUACUACAUCCAACGAACUACCAAGUUAUCAAGGAGAUGGUUAUCAAAAGAUUAGUAACAAGGAAAAGCUACUUCCUAACACCUUCCAGACUCUUGCUCACAAUAUAGAAAAAACAUAUGAGUGCAAAGAAUGUGGGAAAUACUUUAGUUGUAGUUCAAAUCUUAUUCAGCAUCAUAGUAUUCAUACUGGAGAGAAACCCUAUGAAUGUAAGGAAUGUGGGAAAGCCUUCCGACUUCCCCAACAUUUUGCAAGACAUCAGAAGUCUCACAGUGGUAAGAGACCUUUUGAAUGUGAUGAGUGUGGAAAGGGUUUUCAACUUCCUAGUGUGCUUAAGUACCAUAAAACCAUUCAUACAGGUAUAAAACCAUUUGAAUGUGAGGAAUGUGGGAAGUCCUUCAAGCGAUUCUCCCACCUUGUUGAACAUAGGAUCAUUCAUGCUGAUGUGAAACCAUUUGAAUGUAACGAGUGUGGGAAAGCCUUUAAUCGUCGCUCAAACCUCAUGCAGCAUCAGAAAAUUCAUUCUGGAGAGAGACCCUUUCAGUGUAAGGAGUGUGGGAAGGCCUUCACUGUUCUGGCACACCUCACUCGACACCAGAACAUUCAUACUGGAGAGAAGUCUUUUGAGUGUGAGCAGUGUGGGAAGAUUUUCAGUUGUGGCUCAUUCCUUGUGCAACACCAGAGUAUUCAUACUGGAGAGAAACCCUUUGAGUGUAAUGUGUGUGGGAAGGCUUUUCGGCUUCAGGUAUACCUUUCUGAGCAUCAGAAAACUCACACUGAUGAGAAACCUUUCAAGUGCAUGCUCUGUGGGUCAGCCUUCAGACGCAAGUACCAGCUUAACGAACAUCAGAAAAUCCAUACUGAUGAGAAACCCUAUCAGUGCAAGGAAUGUGGCAAACUCUUUCGUCAUCAUUCAAAUUUGAUUGACCAUGAGAGUAUUCACACUGGAAAGAAACCCUUUGAGUGUAAAGAAUGUGGGAAAGUCUUUAGACUUAAUAUCCACCUCAUCCGACAUCAGAGGUUGCAUAGUGGUGAGAGACCUUUUGAAUGUAAAGAGUGUGGAAGGGCUUUCCAUCUGCCCAGCCAGCUUAAUUACCAUAAAAUUGUUCAUACAAGUAUAAAACCUUUUGAAUGCAAGGUAUGUGGGAAGUCCUUCAAGCACGUCUCCACCCUUGUUCAACAUAGGAUCAUUCAUGCUGAUGUGAAACCAUUUGAAUGUAACGAGUGUGGGAAAGCCUUUAAUCGUCGCUCAAACCUCAUGCAGCAUCAGAAAAUUCAUUCUGGAGAGAGACCCUUUCAGUGUAAGGAGUGUGGGAAGGCCUUCACUGUUCUGGCACUGCUCACUCGACACCAGAACAUUCACAGUGGAGAGAAAUCUUUUGAAUGUAAGGAAUGUGGGAAGAUUUUCAGUUGUGGCUCAUUCCUUGUGCAACACCAGAGUAUUCAUACUGGAGAGAAACCCUUUGCGUGUAAUGUGUGUGGGAAGGCUUUUCGGCUUCAGGUAUACCUUUCUGAGCAUCAGAAAACUCACACUGGUGAGAAACCUUUCAAGUGCAUGCUCUGUGGGUCAGCCUUCAGACGCAAGUACCAGCUUAAUGAACAUCAGAGAAUUCAUACUGACGAGAAACCCUAUCAGUGCAACGAAUGUGGGAAAUAUUUUCGUCGACGUUCAAAUUUUACUGAACAUCAGAGUAUCCAUACUGGAAAGAAACCCUUUGAUUGUAAGGAAUGUGGGAAAGUCUUCAGACUUAAUAUCCAUCUCAUUCGACAUCAGAGGUGUCAUAGUGGUGAGAGACCUUUUGGAUGUGAUGAGUGUGGAAGGACUUUUCAUCUUCCCAGCCAGCUUAAUUACCAUAAAAGCAUUCUUCAUACAGGUCAAAAAAUAUUUGAAUGUGAGGAAUGUGGGAAGUCCUUCAAGCGUGUUUCUAGCCUUGUUGAACAUAGGAUCAUUCAUGCUGGUGUGAAACCCUAUGAAUGUAACGAGUGUGGGAAAGCCUUUAGUCGUCGCUCAAACCUCAUGCAACAUCAGAAAAUUCAUUCUGGUGAGAGACCCUUUCAGUGCAAGGAAUGUGGAAAGGGCUUCACUCUUCUAGCACAGCUCACUCGGCACCAGAACAUUCAUACUGGAGAGAAAUCUUUUGAGUGUGAGCAGUGUGGGUUAGCUUUCAGACUUAAGUCCCAACUCAGUCAACAUCAGAGAAUUCAUACUGAUGUUAAACUCUUUCAGUGCAAGGAGUGUGGAAAGGACUUUAUUCAUAGCACGGGCCUUCGAAUUCACCAGAGAAUCCACACUGGUGAGAAGCCCUUUCAAUGUAAGGAAUGUGGGGAAGCCUUUCAAUAUCAUUACCAAUUUCUUGCACACUUUAGAAUUCAUACUGGCAAGAAUCCUUACGAAUGUACACAAUGUGGGAAGUACUUUACUUGUGAUAGAGACCUUAAAUUACACCAAAGAAUUCAUACUGUUGAGAAACUUUACCAGUGUUAGGAAUGCGGGGGGGGGGCGGGGGGGAGGCCUUUAGUUGAAAAUCCUGCUUGGUUUGAAAUGGUAAGUUUCAUAUUGGUAAGAAGUCAAUGUAGAAAGGCCUUUAGCAAUAAUUCUACUGUAGCAGUAUAUCCGAGAAUUCAUACUGGUGAGAAACCCUAUGAAUCUAAGAAAUGUGGGGAAAUGUUUAGAUUUAGUUUCAGCCUUCACUGCACAGUGGAGAAGUCAUACUGGCAUGAACCCCUAUCACUGUGAAGAAUGUGGAAAAACCUUUCAUUUGAGCCCUUCUUCAACA